AUGCCUCAUCAUCUCACAUUCACCACCGAAGGCUUUAGAAGUUGGAAGAGGGUUAAUGAUGGGGUUAGAUAUGCACUUUUGAUGCAUGUGGGAAGUCCCACUUCACCACAUAAUAAUGCUGUGAAAUCUGCUGAAGAUUUAAUGAAAGUAAGAAGACAUAUUGAUAAAGUGUUGAAUGCACAAACUGCUGAAGAAGUUCAGAAAAAUCAGUUGAGGCUUAUGACAACAAUUGAAAGUGUUCGAUGGCUUAGCUUACAAGCAUGUGCAUUUAGAGGUUAUGAUGAAUCUUCGGCUUCUAAUAAUCGAGGCAAUUUUUUAGAGAUGAUAAGACUUAUGGGGAGACUAAAUAUUGACAUUGAUGAUGUUGUCUUAGAAAAAGCUCUGAGAAAUGCAAAGUCAAAGGCUAUAGAAAUUGCACAUAUGGUAGCUACUGGAGAACGUGAGACUGGUAGAAGAGCUAAUCAAAUUGGUAAUUUACAUCGAAGUGGAACUACUCGCUGGAACUCUCAUUUUGAUUCUAUUUGCAGCUUAAUAGAUAUGUAUGGUGCAAUUAUUACUGUGCUUGAAAGUAUGGUUCAAGAAGGAUCUUCUAAUUCUAUACGUGGAGAAGCUGGUGGUUGUUUGAUUCAAAAAUCUCUUGACAUCUUAAAUGCAAUGGAUCUUGUAUUAACUACUAAAGCAUUGCUUCAAACUUUGAGAGAUGCCGGAUUUGAUCUUCUGCUUGCAAAUGUGCAAUUUGUUUGCACAAAAUAUGAGAUUGACAUACCACAUAUGAAUGCUUCAUAUAAAAAGGCUACAGGUCGUUCAUGUAAACAACAAGGUUCAAUGACAGUUUACCAGUAUUAUCAUUAUGAUAUAUUUAACUCAACAAUAGAUUUUCAGUUGGAAGAAUUAAAUUCUAGAUUCAGUGAUGAGACAAUGGAACUCCUUGUACUUAGCUCUUCUUUAGAACCUAAAGACAACUUUAAAUCAUUUAAAGUUGAUGCUAUUUACAAGCUUGCUAAGAAAUUUUAUCCUGAAGAUUUCAAUGAACAAGAGAUGUAUUAUUUGAGAUUUCAGCUAGAGCAUUAUCAGAUUGAUGAAAACAAUAAGCAAAAGGGUUGA